UGUCUGGUCACUUAUGUAACCUGUGGGCAUAUAUAGGGGCACACAGCCCCGUGGGACUCUUACCCACCUGCCAGCUCUGCUCCCUCUCAGGAUGAAGGUAGCUGUGGGCCCAGACCCUUCCCUGGUCUACCGGCCUGAGCUGGUCCCAGAGGCGGCCAAAGACAAGAGCGGCUUCCGGAACUACACCUCCGGCCCGCUCCUGGACCGCGUCUUUGCCACCUACAAGCUCAUGCACUCGCAGCAGACGGUGGACUUCGUCAGGAAGAAGCACGCCCAGUUUGGGGGCUUCUCCUACAAGAAAAUGACUGUGUUGGAGGCUGUGGACAUGCUGGACGGACUGAUAGACGAGUCAGACCCAGAUGUGGACUUCCCCAACUCCUUCCAUGCCUUCCAGACGGCGGAGGGCAUCCGGAAGGCCCACCCUGACAAGGACUGGUUCCACCUUGUGGGGCUCCUGCACGACCUGGGGAAGGUCCUGGCUCUGGCAGGGGAGCCUCAGUGGGCAGUGGUUGGAGACACCUUCCCAGUCGGCUGCCGUCCCCAGGCCUCUGUGGUUUUCUGUGACUCCACCUUCCAGGACAACCCUGACCUCCAAGAUCCUCGAUACAGCACGGAACUCGGCAUGUACCAGCUCCACUGCGGGCUGGAGAACGUCCUCAUGUCCUGGGGCCAUGAUGAGUACAUGUACCAGAUGAUGAAGUUCAACAAAUUCUCCCUCCCGCCGGAGGCCUUCUACAUGAUCCGAUUCCACUCCUUCUACCCGUGGCACACGGGUGGCGACUACCGGCAGCUGUGCAGUGAGCAGGACCUGGCCAUGCUGCCUUGGGUGCAAGAGUUCAACAAGUUUGACCUGUACACCAAGUGUCCCGACCUGCCAGACGUGGACAAGCUGCGGCCCUACUAUCAGGGCCUCAUCGACAAGUACUGCCCCGGUGUCCUAAGCUGGUGACCAGCCUACCUACCCCGCUGAGGCCCAGCCGAGUGCCCCAGGGUGACAGCCACUGUCAGGCACAGUGACAGCUCACCGCAGCCUCUCUGUUGACCCCACACACCCGCCUAUGGUCUGUACUUCCCACCUUAGUCCACUCUGUCCGGUGGCAAUAAAGACCGUGAAGCAGCUUGACCAUGACCCUCACUGCGGCCGGCGUGUUGUGGCUGCAGGGCAGGCAAGGCCAUGGCUUCUGAGAUACGUGUA